AUGGCUUAUACCGAUGACGCUGUCAAAGCGAAGCUCUCUGCGCUCAACGAGACCCAAGAAGGCAUUGUCACAGUCGCCCAAUGGGUUAUGUUCCAUAGACGACACGCGGAGCGGACAGGGCAGCUUUGGCUGCAGAAAUUGCGUGAAUCGCCUGCGCCGAAGCGAUUGAAUCUGAUUUAUCUCGCCAAUGAGGUCGUGCAACAGUCGCGCGCGCGGCGCAAGGAAGACUUCCUCCUCGCGUUCUCUCCAAUCAUCGCGGAGGCGACGGCUACUGCAUACAAGGGUGCCUCGAAUGACAUUCAACAGAAGCUGCGACGAGUAAUAGAGGUUUGGAGGGCACGGGCAAUCUUCGAGCCGUCAAUCCAGGAUGUUAUCGAGGCUCGAGUGGAUGCUCAUAUCUUUCCAGAGAUUGAUAAAUCACGCUCUACCGGGAAAAAGCCGCCAUUGGGCGGAUCACUCUUCUCAACUUCGUCCGGUUCUACCCCAUCUGAGCUUCAGCCAUUGGUCCCUUUGCAGACAGCCCUUUCAAAAGCUACAGUAACUUCGACUGCAUCCGCCACCGCUGCCAACGCAGAGUACGAUAAGCUACACGAUCCGAAGAACCCGUUGCCUACCCCUCCGGUGCACGCUGCACGGCUCAGCCAAUUAUUGAAGGCUCUGGCGAAUGCUGAGAGCUCCGUUUCGGAGGUGAUCAAAUCGCGGUUGGCACUAAUUGACGGUCUUGAGAAACUGUUGGAGACCAAUCGCUCAGCUUUGUCAAAAGAGCAGAGACUGGCCACGCAGCUCGGAGAAAGAAAGGCCGAAACCGAGGCGACCAAGCGGGAGGUCGAGGAUGGCAUCAUGCGAGGCCUGUCUGCGGAAAGCUCACCUGCGGCUACUGGAGACCUCGGGCUUGGUGGAGAAGCGAGUGUGCCUCGGCCGGAGGUCGAGGCUCUGACUCCUCCGCCCGUUGAGGCCCUAACACCCGUUGGCUCUCCGAAACAGGCUCCCCAGGAAACAAUUCCAGGACUCACCAACGAAACCCAGAUUGUCAGCGGGUUCACACUUCCUGGAAUUGAGCAUCCUCUGAACCCAUCCUACCCCACAUCAGAUCUAGGCCCGGCAAUUUUUGACGGGUCGAAUGGCCUCCAUGCCAAGAAACGCAAGGUCACUCACGAAGAAGAGGACUACGCUCAAUUUGCGAGCGGCGAUCUGGAUGCUGAUGUGGCGGAGCUCUUGAAGCAGGAAGGCGAUGCACAGAAUUGAUACCCCGCACUACUAGGUGGGUAUAUGGAUAUGCAAGCUACCGCUCUGAUUUCGACAUUCACCAGCUGUUCAAGUUUCAUUGUGUGCUUCCAUUGGCACGCACAUUUUCAAGCUCCGUAUUUCCGCUGUUU